AUGGCGAAUAUGAUUAAUAAUCUUCAGAAAGCUCUUCGUCAUCAUAUACCAAUGAUUCAAUUUCGAUAUGGUUUAAAUCAAACAAGUUCAAAUUCAUCGACUCAUUCAUUAACUGGAAUGAAAAAUGAAUCAAAAACUAUUGAUAAAACAUCAUCUACAACGAAUCAAAUAAAACCUAAUCAAAAAUCAACUACUACAGUUGAAUUUCUUCAAAUACCUAAUAAAUAUCGUCGACGUCCAUUAACACAAGCUGAAAUUGAUCUUGUAGCUAUUGGUGGAUUUUGA